AUGGAUGCAAAGCCCUCAUCGACCACUCGAGGUCAACUUCCAGGCAUCCCUGCGUCCGUGGACCGCGUCUCUGCUGAGUGCAUCUGGAAGGCCUUUUGCAAUAGCGAACAUGAGUAUGUGCGACAGCGCAAGCUGAAGCCAGCACAGCCACGUCAACACCAACUAUCCAACCUUCAGGGCUUCGAAAUCGUUCGGAAUGCCUCAUACAUCAGCGUCAGACGUGCCAAAAGCACAGCUGAGGAGCCCUAUGGGCCAAUGAGCAAAUACGUGGGUGAGGACACCAAGGAGCGUUUCGGACCGCCACCCUUUGUGAUGCCUGCUGUCGAGGUCACCCCACCGCGACCUCCACUGGUGCUGCCCAAAUACCAACGAUUCUCCUGUGACCAUAUGCUGCCUUUGGAGAUGAACCCUGCUGGAUCAGAGACAGGACAGACACUGGCACGUGUUAUGUCCAUGCCAGCCGUGCGGUAG